GGUAGCGGCCGCCGAUGCUGGCCCUGCUGCUGUCGCUGCACACCCUGGGCCGGUCCCUGGCCAUGGCGAGCGCGGAGCGGCUGGCGGUGCCCAACUGUGUGAGCCGGGCGGGCGGGGGCAGCGCCCGGGAGCACGGCGGGGUCUCCCCCGGGGUGGGCACCGAGGUGCGGGAGGCGCUGGAGCGGGUCCUGCCCGUGCUCCGCCGGGCCAUCGGCCACGCCACGCAGGCGGCCACGGCCGAGGGGCUGCGGGCGGCUCUGUCCGAGGUGUUCCGGCUGGUGGAGGAGGCCUGGGGGAUGCCCGCCGUGGGGAGGGACGUGGCCAAGGUGCUGUGCGAUGUGAUCCGCCUCGAGGGGGGCCUGGACCUGCUGCUCAACCUGCUCUACACCUCCGAGCUGGAGACCAAGUGCCAGGCAGGAAAACUCCUGGAGCAGAUCCUGGUGGCAGAGAACAGGGACCGCAUCGCUCGGAUCGGUCUGGGCGUAAUCCUGAACUUAGCCAAGGAGAGGGACAUCCCCCAGCUGGCCCAGAGCCUCUCUGGGAUCCUGGAGCACAUGUUCAAGCACACGGAGGAGACCUGCUUCCAGCUCAUCUCCGACGGAGGCCUGGACACCAUCCUGUACUGGUGCCGCUGGACGGACCCUGCCGUGCUGCGCCACUGCGCCAUGGCCUUGGCCAACUGUGCCAUGUACGGGGGCCAGGCCAACCAGCGCCUGAUGAUCGAGAAGAAGGCAGCAGAGUGGCUCUUCCCCCUGGCCUUCUCCAAAGAUGACGAGCUGAUCCGGCUGCACGCCUGCCUGGCCAUCACGGUGCUGGCCACCAACAAGGAGAUCGAGAAGGAGGUGGAGCGCUCGGGGACGCUGGCGCUGGUGGAGCCCUUCAUCGCCUCGCUGGACCCCGAGCAGUUUGCCUGUCAGAUGUUGGGCAGCAGUGACAACAUCCAGGGGAGGACAGCACAGGACCUGCAGCGCCUGGUGCCCCUGCUGGACAGCUCCAGGCUGGAGGCUCAGUGCAUCGCCGCCUUCUACCUGUGCACCGAGGCUGCCAUCAAAGCCAGGCAGAAGAAAACACAGAUUUUCAGUGAGAUCGGGGCUACUCAGAGCCUGAAGAGGAUUGUGUGCUACUCCACCAGCAGCACCACCUCCUCCCUGGCCAAAAAGGUGCUGCGCCUGAUAGGGGAGGAGGUUCCUCGGCGCAUCCUGCCCACAGUUCCCAGCUGGAAGUCCUGUGAGGUGCAGACGUGGCUGCAGCAGAUCGGAUUCAACAAAUACUGCCAGAGAUUCCUGGAUCACCAGGUGGAUGGGGACAUUCUCCUGAGGCUGACAGAGGAGGAGCUGCAGAAGGAUUUGGGGAUGGACUCCAGCAUCACUCGGAAAAGGUUUUUCCGGGAGCUGACGGAGCUCAAGACCUUCGCCAACUACUCCACCUGUGACCGCAGCAACCUGGCCGACUGGCUGGGGGGCAUCGAGCCCAAAUUCCGGCAGUACACCUACAACCUGCUCACCUGCGGCAUCGACCGCAACUUCCUGCACCGCGUGACGGAGCAGCAGCUGCAGGAGGAUUGCCACAUCCACACCGGCUUCCACCGCGUCCGCAUCCUCACCGCCGCCAGGGAGACGCUGCACUCGCCCAUCACCCUGCAAACCGCAUCCAACGGGACCGACGUGUUCAUCAGCUACCGCAGGAGCACCGGCUCGCAGCUGGCCAGCCUGCUGAAGGUCCACCUGCAGCUCCACGGCUUCAGCGUGUUCAUCGACGUGGAGAAGCUGGAGGCAGGGAAGUUUGAAGACAAACUGAUCCAGAGUGUCCUGAGUGCCCGGAAUUUUGUGCUGGUCCUCUCACCAAACGCACUGGAUAAAUGCAUGGAGGACCCCGAGUGCAAGGACUGGGUACACAAGGAGAUUGUGACAGCCCUGAACUCUGGGAAGAACAUUGUGCCUGUUACAGACCAUUUCGAGUGGCCAGACCCAGAAACACUUCCCAAGGACAUGAGGGCUGUCCUGAAAUUCAAUGGUAUCAUGUGGUCCCACGAGUACCAGGAGGCCACGAUUGACAAAAUCAUCCGCUUUCUGCAGGGCCGCUCCUCGCGCGACUCCUCGGCCGGCUCCGAGAACGGGCUGGACUGCCUGCACUCCCUGGGCCAGAGCUAGAACCACCACAGCAGCCUCACAGACUCACUGGUGACCCCUUUUUUUUUUUGUGGGGGUCCAAAUUUAUCCCUCCUGAAUUUUUUUUCCUAUCUUUGAGAGAAAACCUGUGGCUCUUGCUCCCUCCUCUCCCUCCCAAUACAAGCCCCUGGCCCCAGCACUCACUCCCCCAGCGCCUGGGGAGCCAAGGCAGGCUGGACUCUGGGAUGGAUUAUGGGUCUUCCACGUCCUCCUGUGGGGUGUGAGGGAGACUGGCACCAUCCAGGCCCCCACAGGCAGCUGCAGCUUCCCCCAGAAACACGUCCAAAGAAGGAGAAUUUUUGGAGGACUGAAAAUUGGAGAAGUGUUGAGAAUCCAUUGUAAGAGGACAAAGGAGAGAAGAGCAAUUGAGAGGAAGGUGAGGCUCUGCUGUGUGCCCCAGGAGUAUCCCUGUGGUCAGAAACUGAGAGCAGGAAAGGGCAAAUAAAAAUUAAGCCCUAACAAAAUUUUUGUGUUUGGGAAAGAUAACCCACAGGGGCCUUCUGAAGUGCUUUAUCUUUCCCAGCAAUGUCCCUUUAUCACAGGAGCUCCUUCCCUCCUCAAAAGACUUCCACCUCCCAGUGCUGCAAAACCACUCUGUGCUCUUACCUCUGGCAGUGGGAAUUUGGGGUUAGACCACGUGAAGCUUCUGCAGGAUCCCUACAAAAAGUGCUUUUAAAAUACCCUCCUUCCCUCCAUCUGAAGUCUCAGCUCCACCACUUUAUCAAGUCUGUAUUUCCAGGGCACUGGAGGCUGGAUUGUGACCCUGGAAAACUUGAAAUCCAUGCAGGGAAGAUGCUAAUUGCUGUGCUUGUGGAGUUAUUCUACACUGUGGCUGUAUUUUAUCCUGCUCCUGUGGUCUGUGCCUUCAGCAGGAGCUGGUGAAUCUCUCUGCUGACCACCACAGCCCUGGCUGAGCUCCCCGGGGUUGUCCCUGCCCACUGCUGGAUGCAAUUCCAAGCAGCACUUGUUUCUUCCUAUCAACCUCCUCUCAACACCUACCUGGGCUUUUUGCAGCUCCUCACCUUAAAAUAUCCAGAAAAAGUGGAGUUUUGCAAAGGGCUGGCAAAGGAUGCUCCAGGACCAUCAGUGCCUGCUGCCAACGCUGCAGGUGAGGAACCGUGGGCAUCCUGACACAAAUCCCUGCAUUCCACACUCCAGGCUGCUGAAUCACCUUGAAAAACAAACAGACUCCUCUUCCUAUCCUUGCUCAAGAAGAACUCAACCUUUUCAGGAGGUAACAAGGAGUCUCAGCCAGUCCUCCUCCUGGCUCUCCCUGGAGCUCUGCUUUAACUGUCAGGAACACAAACACUUUCUUCUUUUGGCUUGGAUCCAUGAAUAUAACA